CCCUCCUCCUUCCUUCUUUUCUUUCUUGUCUGGUCUUUCUCUAUUUUGUUUUGCUCUUGGGGGCAUUUCUCAUAGAUUUUGUUCACUGUCAGUGGAGGGGUGGGGUAAGAGGAAUAAAAAAAAAUCCUAGCCAAAAGAAAUCCUCCCCAAAAACUCACGAGUAGCUUUUGCAAUGGGUGCUGUCAUGGGUACGUUCUCUUCUCUACAAACGAAACAAAGAAGACCAUCAAAAGAUAAAAUUGAAGAUGAACUAGAAAUGACGACAGUGUGCCAUAGACCCGAGGGACUGGAACAGCUUGAAGCACAAACCAAUUUCACUAAAAGAGAACUUCAAGUUCUUUACAGAGGAUUUAAAAAUGAAUGUCCUAGUGGGGUUGUUAAUGAAGAAACAUUCAAACAGAUCUAUGCACAGUUUUUUCCUCAUGGAGAUGCCAGCAUGUAUGCACAUUACCUCUUCAAUGCCUUCGACACUGCACAGAAUGGCUCCGUGAAGUUCGAGGAUUUUGUGAUGGCACUGUCCAUUUUGCUACGGGGAACUGUUCACGAAAAGCUGAGAUGGACGUUUAAUCUGUAUGACAUAAAUAAGGAUGGCUAUAUAAACAAGGAGGAAAUGAUGGAUAUCGUAAAGGCAAUUUAUGAUAUGAUGGGAAAAUACACAUAUCCAGUGCUCAAGGAAGAUGCACCAAGGCAGCAUGUAGAAGUGUUUUUCCAGAAAAUGGAUAAAAACAAAGAUGGAGUUGUAACUCUAGAUGAGUUUAUUGAAUCGUGUCAGGAGGACGACAAUAUCAUGCGAUCCUUACAGCUCUUUGAGAAUGUCAUGUAACCAGACGAGCACUGGAGGAGUCUGAGACUUCUGUGUAACAAAGAUCUCCUUUCUAGGUGAAAGAUUUUACAAUUGAGCCAUGUCCAGUGUGUAAGGAUUUUGUAUGACAUGUCCAACCAAAUGACAACCGAAUGCAACUGAUCCCACCUCUUUUCCCCGGAAGAUGCUGGUGGACUUUUGUUUCAUUUUGGAAGCAUGUGAAUAUUUUAAUAAAUCCCGACGAGAGAGAACUACUGCUCAAAGUUCAAUGAAUAAUAGAGCAUUGUUUGCUAUGCACAAGUCCUGCUUUUAAUCUAGAAAGCUUAAUUCCCUAUGGUAACACAUGUUGACAGCUAUUCAUCCAUCUAUUGCAAGUGACAGCUCAGUCCAUACCUCUGUUUGGCACAAUGUUCUGUGGAUGCCUUUGCUGUUAAUCUGCUUUGACAAAACCUGAAUCUGCCAGGGCAGUCUUUGGAAAAAUGAACAGUCAGUGUAGCUGGGACAUUGAACAGACAGCCCAUGUAGCCAGUAUCCCCAUUGCUGCAGAGAUCCUGCUUAUCCUCUCACAUGCACUGGUGCCACCACGCUGAGUUUAGUGGAGUUCUUCCUGAACAUAUUAACCAGGUGAUCUUCCUGCCAGGGUGAGUCAGAAAGGAGCAGAAUGUGUUGCACAUAUUAAUACAAAAGACAAAACAAAUCUUGUUCAGGAAUGGUAAGUUUCCAAGAGACCAGGCAGGUGUGUCAGGGCUGGUACAGAAAGAAGAACACCUGCUCUGGUCCCAGCUGCCUGCUGAGUCCCAGGGACACCAGGUGAUGCUCCACUGUGCAUCUCAGCAGCAUCAUGGCCAUGCUCUGGUCCUUUUGCUGUAGUUUGGCGCACACUUUCUAGGUUCAUCACUGGAUGUUACAGUCAGGUCUUACCCCCCCUUAUUUAAGCUUUCUUGUUUGACUUAGUGGAGAACAAAGAUGCAGCUGUGUUUCAACAUACAGACCUUGGCACCCACAAAGUGCCCAGCACUGGGAGUUCUUGAAUUGUUAUUAGCGUCAGAAUCAGCUCCCAGGCCCCAUAUUUUUUUCCUACAAGGUGGUAGCACGCCUUGUAUAAGGCCCAUUUCUUUGCUAAUGCCAACUAGAGUAUUGGUUUAGGGGGUUGAUUUUUUAAUUAAUAAAACAGAAAAGUUCAUGUAGUGACUUUACAUCAAGGUUGGAUGAUUUGUCAGCUAGGGAACGUCAGAGCCUUCUGUGAAGAAGAUUUUAGGAAAGCUGACCCACCAGAGUGCCAUUGCCAUCUCCAGGCAGACAAUGGCUGAGAAGUGAAGGGAAGGAGGGAGCAGCCAAUUCUUCCAGCUGCUCAAACUACACAGAUGGGAUAGUACCUGCCAUAGUGCUGCAUCACUCCCAUCCAGUAAGCAUAUAUUUUUAUUGUAUCACAUACAAUAUUACAGACAAACUGUUAGCACUGAAGAUAUAUUUAAAAAAUUAUAUAAGUGGAAGGUUUUUAUAAUACAGAAUAUACAGAAUGCCUCAGUUCUGUAGCCCUAGUUCUAUAAAAAUUUCAUCUAUUGAAUCAUUCCUGAUUACAGAAGUAGGUCUGGUCAGUCCUAGUAUAAUAGGAUAUUAGAUAUCUAUCAUAUAUAGAUAAUGCCAAUUCCCCAAGAUGGGGCAUUUUCCCCUUUUACUGUGCUCCUCCAUACACUUCUGUGUAGUCUUAACUUUAUUUCUUUAAGUUGUUCCCUUGUCAUCAAAAGUGCUGCAUCAAGUGAAUGCAGGAAUGACAUGUCUGCAGGAAUGACACCUUAGUCUAUCUUGUUUAUUGCCUUUCAUACAAAUACCAUUAAUAAAUUCCUCCCAGAAGUGAUCCAGCAGCUCCAGGGAGGGGCUGGGAUUUGCAGGAGUGAUGCCCUGCUGUGAGAAUACCUUUCCUCCAGUUGUUGGGUCAUUUAGGCAUUAUUUAACAGGCACUUCGUAAAGUCAUCAGUUGUAGCUGAAAUAAUACACAGUUUACACCAUUCCUUAUUGAUUCUUCUUACAAUCACUUUAGCAAAUAACAGCAUUUAAUAAAAUUACCAGGUUUUCCCUUCCACCAAAACUGCUUAAUCUAUUAUUCUAAGCAGUUCACUUCAGCAGAGGGAGAAAUGGUCAGGACAAUGGAAAUUAAACAUUUGAAUCAGGCUAGCACAGUGCCUUUUUCCUCUAAUAGUCUUGCUUCAAGGGUGCUCAUGAGAUGGCACAUACAGACAGAAGUGUUUGGAAUAUGCCCUUUUCAAAAGAAAAUGUUAUUAGUUGCAUGAUGCCAUAGUCCCUGAAGCUAAAUUUAUUUCUGGAGUUACUGUGAUGAAUUUGGCCUCAUCUGUGUUUCCUGGCCCUGCUGGCAGCAGUUCUGUGGGAGCUGCCUUUGUCACCAGGGCUGACACUGUUUUCUCUUGAGUGUGGCUCCAGCUUAGCAGCAAUCAGCUGCUGUCACUGUCAGUGCAUGCUGACGUGCAUUGCUGAUCAGGGUACCAGUACUGACCCUGCACUUCUACCAUCUCCUUUGCUGCUCCACUGUGCCUGCAUUUCACUGCCAGGAGCAAUGAGGGUGCAUCAGAUAGAGAGGGACAUACUGAGAGCCACACUGAAUCUGCCCUUAGAGGAUAACGAGCUUUGAUUUGGAUCCCACUGGAGUCAGUCCCCUCCCACAUGCCCCUGAUGUUCAGCCCUGGGUUGAGCUCUGUGCUUCACCUGAAGCCCACAGUAGCUGAGACAGGAGAACUUGCAAAGUGUCACUCACAGCUGCAUUUUCCCAAAACUCAGAUUGCAGAAUCUAUCUGUGGCAGAGUCCUUGCCAUUGCAAACGCAAUUAUUUCCCUGUGUUUGUCCCUGAUCCCACUGUUACAGCCAGAGGCUGGGAUGCACCAGUGCAUAGAAGGCCUCUGGGUUUUCCAUCAGCAGCAUCUGUCCAUGCCAGGUGUGCUCCAGCCAGCAGGUGAGACAUCAGUGACUGUGAGAGAGCUGCUCUCUGCAUGGAAAUGGCUUUGGGUUUGUUUUUCUUGUUUUCUGUGAAUGUUACUCUGCUGUAAACUUGCCAAGCCUCUGCUUGCUCAUAAACGGAGCUUGAAAUAUUUAUGACAAACACUGCUACAGAUUUCUAAAUAAAACACACUGUGCUACUUCAGUCUCCCACCCUCAUCAAUCCUCCUGCCAGUAAACAGAAGGCAGUCAGAUUGUCUGGCAGUGCUAUCAACUGUGCACAUUUCCUGCAAGUUAUGAAUGUUUAAAUAAUGUCUGAAUCAGGACUCUGACUGUUUCACUAGUUACAAACAUUAGUUUGCAUCUUCAUGCCAGCAUUUUAAAAAUAAAGCCUUUCUAACAUGCAUUUUGGUAACAAUCUGUUGACAAAUAGGAAUGUGAUAAAUGAUAAUGCAAAAAAAAAAAAAAGAAAAAAAAAAAAAAAAAAAAAGGAAAAAAAAGUACCAUGCCUGUUCUGUGGCUGUUGAUUUUCCUGUUCCUCCGAAUGCAAUGCAAUAUUAUGAGUAACCAUGAGCCAAGCUAAAAGCUUGAGCCACAAAUAACCUGAGGUUCAGGCAUCGUGGGCAGUGGCAUUUCCUGACUGCAAUAUGUGUUGAGAACAAACACCCUUGUGUCUGUGGGUCGCCUCUGGUGAGAUGGUAGCAGCAGUGUGUCAAACUUUUCUUCUUCUUUAUGGGGGUACCAUGAAAGACCUAAGGAAAUGUGCAAAUAAUGUAAAUUGUGAUAACUAAAGCCAUGUUAAUGGAUCAGCCAUGUAUAGCUUCACUGUUAGAAAUGCUAUUCUCCAAUGGCAAUUUGUAUUCAAUUUUGUUGAAUGGUUUUUAAAAUGUUGGUUUUAAUAAUAAAAAGAAAUACCUGUAGGAGGGCGUCCUUUCUUAAACCCAAUAUGUAUUUUUUCUCAAGGGACACUGUCAGGUUAAAAAUCUGCAAUGAAACUUUUAAAAUUGGGACUCAAACUUAUCUGUGUGGGGGGAGGCUGUGAGCUAAGAAUCCAAUGAUUUAUUUGCAUCACUGAUUCAGGGGUGCUCUUACAUUUGAUGUGGUGGCAUAUGCUGAACUGAUAGUUUGCCCUUGCGUAAAGUUCAGAAAUGUUCUUCUACCUGCACCACUGGUAGUAACUUAGGGUAGUGAAAACUGAAAGCUAACAGGCAUGGCUUUUCUCUUCCGCAAUUCUGCUUAAGUAUAAGCAGGAAAACAGACAAUCGUGUUGAAAAAAAUUGCAAACACUAUUUUAUGUUAUAGAUAAGAAAAAUAACCCAAAACAUCAGUGUCCCUUCAGCUUUGGUUUAUUGUAAGCAUCCAUUCUGACACACUGAGGAAUGCAGAAGCAAUUUUGCCAGACUAUAUAUAUGUGUGUACAUAUAUAUAUAUAUAUAUAUAUAUAUAUAUAUGUUUGCUAAAUUCCAUUUUGUAGGGUAUUAUCUGUCUACCAGUACAUCCCAGGAAAAAGAACAUUCAUCCACGCAGAAAUAUGGAAAUAAAGGUGUCUGUGU